AUGCUCAAACUCACAAGGGCCCUCUUCGCCCCCGCUAUCAGGAACUCCAGAGCGGCACGCAAGGCUAACUUGCUGGCCAAACCGCUGCCGUCGGCUCAGCCCAUGGCAGCGGAGGAUAUCGACCAGACGGCUGAACUGCUCGAAAACGCGCCGACACGCGAGGAGCAGCAAGUCGCCGCCUACUCGGUUCAUCCAGACAUGCCCAGACAUUUACGUCCCACCAACUUUGUCCGUCUCUCCGACUUCAAGGACAAGUCAUGGCAGAAACUCCCUCGUAAACCCGACCCCUUCGGACCGGGCCGCGCAGCAUCCGAGGCUCGCGACGCCUUUGUGCAGCUCAACAUUGACCCCCUGCACGAAUCCACCAACGCGCGUAUGCUCGCACACUUUGUCACCGACAUGGGACGUAUCCGGAAACGCGCAAUGACCGGCUUGACGUGGCGCUCGCAGAGGCGGAUGGCCAAAGCGGUUAGGAGAGCGAAGAUGAUGGGCUUGAUGCCUAUUCUUAGGAGGGAUAACCCGUACGAUGACACAAAGGACGGACUCGCGAGGAGGUAUUAUUGA